UAAGUUUGGCUGUGUGCGUGUGUUUUUUUUUUCUACAGAUUUUAGACAUAUUUUGGUCCCUGCAGGGGAAAUGAGCAGCUUCCAUCCCGCCAGCAGAACCCUGCUCUCCGGCCCUGCUGUCCACCGUGCGGUCCUGUGACGUCAUAGAGCGGCGGAGGCGCUGACAGAGUGGAGGGUGGCGCGUUUGCCUUUCCAGCUCAGGUUUAAAAUCAUGGCCAAUGAACCAGUCAUCCUUAAUGUGUACGACAUGUACUGGAUAAAUGAAUACACUUCCAAUCUGGGUAUUGGAGUCUUCCACUCAGGCAUUGAGAUUUAUGGCAGAGAAUUUGCAUAUGGAGGACAUCCAUACCCUUUCAGCGGCAUCUUUGAAAUAAAUCCUGGCAACGCUGCCGAACUAGGAGAGACGUUCAAAUUCAAGGAGGCCAUUGUUUUGGGCACCACAGAUUUUGCAGAGGAGGACAUAGAUAAAAUCAUGGAAGAGCUCGGUAAAGAGUUCAAAGGCAAUGCAUACCAUCUAAUGCACAAAAACUGCAACCAUUUCUCCUCUUCACUGUCUGAGCUGCUGUGCGGACGGGAAAUUCCUCGCUGGGUCAACAGACUGGCGUACUUCAGCUCCUGCAUUCCCUUCCUGCAGAGCUGCCUGCCCAAAGAGUGGUUAACCCCGGCUGCCCUGCAGAGUCACAUCAGCCUCGGCCUCCAUAAAGAAGAGCAGAACGAGUCAAGCGAUGAUGACCCUUCAUCCCUGUCCGGAGCGACUGCCGCUGGAUCGGGCUCCUCCCACAGCUGUCGCCAUACAAGAGUGUGAACUGUCCCCCCUCCCGACAUGCUGACCUCUGGAACACUCCACCACUACUGCAAGUGGCUAUAGUGGCAUUAGUGAGCUGGAACAACCACCUGACCUCAUACUGUUUGUCUUCUGAGUAAAAAUACAUGAAAAGAGUAGAGUUCUCGUUGUGACGAGCGCUUCUGCCAGACAUAACACCAACAGAGGCCCUUCUGUGGAUGACCGGAUGCUAGAGGAACACUUUCAUCUGAGCUCCAAGCAGUGAAGCAUGGCCCAGACGUGACCACUUGUAGUUCUGAAGUUUGUAGUACCUUAUUAUUUGUCUUUUUCAUGGACUUUCAAACCUGUCAGCCUUCUUCCCCGCCCUGCCUUCAGAGCUGCUUUUGUAGAACACCUGAGAUGACCGAUAGUGACAUUACCAGGAAUUGCUAAUUUGCUGAGUUUGCCAAUCUUGUUUAAUAACUGGCCUCUAUGUGGCCUUCAGUUGAUAUUUUUGACUCAGCUUUCUAUGUGUGGAACUUCAGUAGUGUACUUUGGCUAUUUUUAAAAGGUUAAGGGGUUUGUGUGUUACUCAAGUUCAAUCUGAACUGCUGACAGCGUUGCAUGUACACAGAACUUGACAUCUGAUCAAUUAAAUGGCACGAUACAAAGUAUCAACUCUACUUUUACGUUUGGAGAAAAUCUGACCUUUUUUUACACAAUAAACAAGCAAAUUGUUACCAAUAUAAUUUGUAGAACGUUGAAGUUAAUCACAUGCAAAAUAUGUUUUGAAUAGUCACUGUUCAUACAGAUCUGGGGAGGCCC